AUGGUUCCCAUUGUCUAUGGGGCUUCACGAGAGGAAUUUUACCAACGUGCACCGCCCAAUCCCUACAUUCAUGUGGAUGACUUUGAGAACGUCGAACAGCUGGCAAAAUACCUUCAAUACGUCGACAAAAACGAUACGGCCUACGCAACCUACUUCGCGUGGAAUGAGCACGGUGAAAUAUUGGUGGGUUUGAGUCUGUAAUGUCAACUUUUUAUCUUCCUGAAGCGAAUACAAUACGUGAAUCAGGUCACAUGGCCGUCGACUUUACACCUGAUAUUAUUUAUUUAGGGGAUAUUUCGGUUGUAGUGCAAAACACGUAAUGACUGAAGGAGCAUUAGCACGGGUAUAUCGCCGAGGCAUUUUGUUCAAGGCACCUAUUUUUUCUCAGCCAAAUUGUGCAUCCGUCCUAAUGGAAGCCAGACAAUUAGACCUCAACUUCCUACUACUACUACUACUACUACUACUACUACUACUACUACUACUACUACUACUACUAUGACGACUGCUGCUGCUGCUGCUGCCGCCGCCACCACAAUCACCAUCACCACCACCGCAACCGCCAUCAUCAUCAUCAUCAUCAUCAUCAUCAUCAUCAUCAUCAUCAUCAUCAUCAUCAUCAUCAUCAUCAUCAUCAUCAUCAUCAUCAUCAUCAUCACCACCGCCGCCACCACCACCACCACCACCACCACCACCACCAUCAGCGCACCAGGAGACAGAGCAACGUUAUACCUAUUCUCAUGUAUCAAAUAAAGUUCGCUGCCGGUCAGGAAAUUCUCCUGUUCUGUUAUUUCUGAGGUUUUAACCACCCUUGUCAGGGAUGCAGUAGACAGGAAAUGUUGGGCAAUGUUUGGGACGGUAAAAACAACAGUAUUUAUUGGUCUUGAGUAACUACCUCAUACUUGGUUAACAGGCUCCUGUUACCUAGGCUGACCUCCGGCAACUUGUGCUGUACAGUAGUGGCGUGCACCGGAUCUAUCUUUAUUACAUGACGGAGAAAUAUUUCAACUUAGUCUUUGCUACACUUAACUUCAUUUCUCGGACGUUACGACCCCGUGCAUCCAUGGCAUUGGACUUAGCCCAACACUCGUCUCUGUGGUAACAGUACUCUGCAAGUUGGUAUACAUAAAGAAUUGUCGUGCCAUAUAUUGGGUACACUCACUGCAAGGGAAGCCCCUAGGGUGCGCAAAUUCUGCACUUUAGCAAAGAUGGAAGGCUCCAAGGAUCUCAUCAACUUUUAUGCAAAGUAUAAACGAGCCAAUCUAACACAUCUCCCCUUUUGUUUCAACCAUUCUCCUCCGCAGCUCUAUCCGAGAGUUGACUGUCGCGUCUGUGGUAUGCUGCAUCACGUCCUCAGGGGAGAAAUAAAUCUUCAGCGUAGUACCUACUGGGAUUAUUACGACGGAGAUCGAACUUGCUCUAAGCACAGCCGCAUCAAGUUUUGAAGAUGACGCUUUAUGUGCAUGUCUUAAAUUUAUCUCUUUUAUUUGUUUUUCUCUUGCAUGUCCAAAUAGCGAUUCUUCUCAAUAGGACAAACGGCAAACAAUAGAAGCCGUUAAAGGGGGGCCAAGACAAAAUCUUGUCGAUUUCACAAAAGUUGUCAGUAGCACGCAUAUGUUCCGCCAAGGCGUUGGUCAGUAAAACGAUCGAAAGCGCUUUGAAAGUUGUUUGCAACGUCUACCAUGCAGCCUUAUGCAAUUUUGUGUUCAUGUCAAAAUAUUUUGAUAAAUGUUAACAAGCGUUAGUACUUGACAGCUACCGUUCAUCCGGCGGAAGCUUGACGAAUUGUGCCGAUUAUUCUGCGAGGCGUCACUCAGAGUACGCUGAAUAGACAAAAGAAUGUCGAACUGACUCGUGAAGAAACGGUGCAGUUUACUAGGAAUGCUUCACGCGUCCGUAUAAUUCCAGAAAAACUUUGAGGGAUCUGUAUGCGGGAAGAGUUUUGCUGGGAAUAAAUGAUUGCGCUCAGUUUCCUGGAAAGCGAUCCUAAAUUUCGAAGAAGAACAUAUCGUCCCUGGAACAGGGAGUUUACUGGCCGGACGUUCCGCAUUCUUUCUUUAGUCAUCAUCACAGACAGUCUGCCGCUGUCUUUAAAGUUUGAAUCAAAUGUUCAUCCAAAACACAGGUCAUUAAGCCUCUUGUUCCAGCCAUCGCAUCUGCAUCUUCUGGCUUGCUUCCUCGUACACACCUGAUCACUUUGUCGGCUUCCAUAUUAACUGAAAGGAAUAUAAAAAUAACUGACAUUUUACGAAGCCUCAGUAAUAUAAAGGAUUGAAUCCCAGGUAACUGGCUGUUAUAGUGAAGAUCAAGAGGUUGGUUCAAGCACAAUUCCCCCUGCGCAAUCUUCGCCGUCCAUUGUCGAGGAAAGCGCGUGUUGGUAGUUUGCCUGUCGGGACAGAUAUCCAUCGUUUGCUCCUCAGCCUGGCCGGUGAGAAAGCAGUGGAUUGAGCAUUAAUCACUUUAUGGCGGACUAAACAACUUUCCUGUCAGCCGUUCUGCGUGGAUUACAGCGAAGCAGGCGAAAUAUCAAUACUCCUCGAAGCUGUUAACCUGUGACUAUUUGUAUUAGGAUUGACAAUUAGGCCGAAACAUUCAAAUGUGUCGAUCGUCCUAAUGAGUGCAAGUUUGUCUUGCGAAUUUUCACCAGUAAACGUACGUACAGUCUUCUGGUUUAUCCUACUCGAGCAUUUCAGUUAACGAUAAGUGGAAUAAACGUUUAACAAUGCAACUACCUUUACGUUCUCGUAUGAACAUUAUUUAAAAAGUUGCGUAAAAACACAAGUCCAUGUCUCACCUGCCCGAACAGUGACUAAGAGCUAAAUUUGGUAGGAUUUCAUCCGGCAGCGUUUUGAAACCAGAGACACUUCGACUUUAGAUAAGGCUAAAAUUCGCUUGUUUACGCCGCAGUAUAAUCAACAUCAUGUUGCUGGACCACAAACGUAAGUGCUAACAGCCCCCAAUAAAUGCAGCAUUCAUAAAUGAUCAAAAAUCGAUAUUUUUUGUUAAUGCGACUGAGAAGGAAUGCCGUUCGUUUUUUAAAUGAAUUCAGAAUUUCUGGAGUAUUGGAGUGAAAUAUCUCCUGGCCUUAAAUAUGCUGAAAUCAUUAAAUAGUUUAAAUACCUAGAUUAUUUAAAAGUCACUUUAUUAUUGUAACCUUCAUAGAUAAACCUCAAAACAGUUAGAAGAGUCACCAGUUUACGUUGAAGGAAAUAGGAGCUAACUUUUCGUAACAUCCUGUUUUUGGUUUGGCUAUUGCUCAUUAAUUUCCUCUUUUAUCUAUCUAUAUAUCUUUAAGUAACUUUUGUCGAAGUCCAUCAAAAACUUCAUAGAAUUACGAAUUACAUUACACAUCAAUAAACGUCCUCUAAGUAAUGCCGACUACUGCAGAUUCGUUAUUCAGAACGAUGGGCGUUUUUCAUGGAGGAACGUAAUAAAAUUAAACCGAUAUUUUCUGCAAAAAUAGGGAUUUUUAAAUCGAUAUUUGAUUCAAAUUCUGAGUGGUGAAGCGAUGAUAUGAUAAUUGUGCAUUGACAAUGUUCAACGGCCACGUGUUGCUCUAUUACAGCUUCUAAUUUAUUGAUGUAUAAGUAGCCAAACGGGCGACGGAAAUAUUCGUUAAAAGUCCGGACAGUUGCUUCGUGGCCCUUUUGCACUGAAUGACGUAGUUAAGAUGGGUUCGAUUCCACAGUUGAUUCCAAAGUGCUUCUUGUGUAUGUUUCAGUUUCGAAAUAGCGUGGAUCAAAUAUUCUGAGAAAUUGAUUUGCUCACACGAAGUAAUUUCUGCGGAACAAACCUUUCCGGCUUGAUCCAAAAGUCGGUUCGAAUGUUUUUACCGAACAUCACUUUGUUUAGUAGGAUAAGCACAUAAUACUCAAAAGCUGCCGAUAGGCAGUCAGUAGUACAUACAUGCCGCAUGACUCAGCAUACUGACAGUAUAAUUGCCAGUCAAAUGUCCAGACACCUGCUGCGCUGAGUGGAUUAUAAAGCUGAAGUUUCAGACCCGUCGUAUAUAUCAUAAAGCACAUGCGCAACGCUAGGGGACACGUCGACUACAUGGCCUCCUCACGAUUUCGUCAUGUUCGGGCAAAAUAUAUAAGAAACACACAACUGGGUCUUCUGCCAGGACCUUUGCUGCCAGUUUGAAUCAACUUAUGUAUGCUACUGCCUGUUUGUUGGCAGUUUACAAAUAUUGCGCGGUCAUCCCGCUGAAGCUGAUGACUAUCGCUUUGAGUUUUGGGACUGAGACUGAAAAGUGUUACUCCAGAUCAGGACAUUUAUUUCCGAGGAGACAAGGGCUGAGACAUAGUCUCCCUUCUGGCCAGGGCGGUUGCAGGUUUCUGCACGUUGCUGAUCACAGACAUCCAGUGAUUCAGCGUGCACUGUAAGACACACGGAAAAGAAAUGAAACCACCAGCAUGAAUGCAGUGGUGCGAGUGUUGGUCUCCGAGUACUCAUGCCGGCAUUGGCUCGUGACCAGUGUCGUAUGAGUCAUCGGUUGAUGCGUUGUCCUUGACCCGGUCCCCGUCUCACUCACAUAGUCUGCCGCGACAAGACCAGAAAAUGGGUAGCACUAGGCUCAACGUUUGCCAGGCAUGCAGCACCACCUUCUGCAGCAGUGGAUACAUCGAAACCCAUUCAAGUUUGCUGUCGUAUGUCUGGUGGCAAUUUACCUACUGUUAGCAUCCUUGCAUCUACCUCGCCGGGCGUCCUUACUACUGACAAAUCGUAACAAGCAUAAAAGGAGUGAACCAAUUAGUGCAUCACCGACAGAUCAGGGACUAUUUGCGGAACCCGAAUGUGGUGAUGGAGAAGUCUCGCCGUACGUCAACUUCGUACGCCAAUUUCGCUGGGUCCUUUCUAGCCACCGACCAGCGACCGGCCAUUAUGUGCGUUUUUCCAACUACCAUUUUUAUACAGAAUCUGAAGUUACUUUCACAAGUUCAAUGUCUAGAAUAAUUCCAUUCCCAACUAGAAGAUUGGCACCGCAGAGAGACGAUCUAGCCGAUUUUUAAGGAAUACAAAUUGAGAUGCAGGCUGGCCCGGGGGAUCAAACGGACUUAAGUGUAUCGUUAAUUCGAAUACAGAGGAAUACCUUUGUUGAAGACCAUCAGUUUGGGGUGGACGUCAUCUACAUGCUUGUAAGGGAUGUGAAAUCAGAAUGAACUUCAGAUUACUGUGUGUCGAAAGCUCUGUUAUAAUUGAUAUAAACCACUUUUCCGUGCAUCCCAUCACGUUGGGGUAAAAGGACACGUAAAACCGCUUUCAACUUCACAAUUCGUUAUUGUAACCGAGAGGUAAAAAACUUGGACUUAGCCUUGGACGCUACUGAAACUGCUUGCACAGUGCGAAAACAAAACAGCAGCCGUCGUAGAUUUCACCUGCUUAUACCUAUGCCCGGGUAUUUUUGAUUGUCUACUCGUUUUGCAUUUUAAUAUGUUAUUGAUCCUUCGUGAGCUCUGCCAUUUAGUUCUGGGCGUCCUUGCUGUGAGGAGUCCAACGGUUACUGCGCCCUUCUUCCUGCGUAGAUAUCUCGUAAUUCUGGCGUAAAUGCUAUCGACUGCGAAUUUCAAUUAUCCCUCUGCUGGAACCAUUAGAUUCCAUGGUAGUGUUCCACGGGUUCCGUUGAGUGACAUUCACGGCAAUGAUUCAGCUUUCUGUAUGGUUGUGUGUACAUUUGCGGAAAAACUACUAGUUGUUCUAAACCAACGAAUUUGAUCCUGUUGAAAAGAUACUUGGAAAAUAAAGUUGAAAAUCAGAAGAAAAAUGAACAGUCUUGGAGGAAAAAUUAACGUUUUUUAAGAUAUCUACAGUUCCUGUAUGGUCCCAGUGGCCCAAACUGAUUUCGAGCUCGGGCAUUUAAUUACGAUAGCGUGUUGAUACAAAACAGACUGUACGGUAGAUUAGCUGGACGAGCACUCGGGCUUGUUCAGAUUCCGGAAUGCGUCAUUGGAAUGCGCACUGUUACGCAUGCCAAUAUUCGCGUUGCGGUUGCGAGCCCAGUUGCCGGUUCCCGUCGUAGGAUUUUUUGUUGGCAAAAAUCCUGGUUAAGUGUUUAUUGUGGUCCUAGGGUGCGGUGGCAUUACUAGGUGUGCUCUCUUCAACCUCCGGUAUUUUCGACCAUGUUUUGACAUCGGGACUUGACACAGAAGGAGGAGAGCGAGAGCGGUAGAUGCUGUGCGAGCCUACUGCCACUUUGUGCUAAUCCACGCACGAGCCACAGUGAUUACUCUCGUCAUGCUAUGGGACACAGUGUGAACGUCGUCGACCAUAACGGUCAAAUUGUCAUAUAUAGAUAUAUCGAAAGAAAUAAGCUCUUUGGGAAAGAUAAACAAGUUUUAUUGUAAAUUUUCGAUCUUGGUUCCCCAAGUCGCCUUCAGACGUGACAGAUUCCACAUUCGACCACAAUAGACGGCAUCACAUGUGGCAUCAGCAAUUCAAGGGAAAAGGUAUUUCCAAUGGUACGGCCGCUCGGGCACGAAAAUCAACCACCUGGCGAAAUCUCCCAUACGUGAGAAAUGUAUCUGAACUAGUCGAAAGACAAUCAAAAAGCACCAGAUACACGUGGCGGACCAGCUGGAAACUACCUUACGCGCACAGCUUGAACACCCUAAGGAAAGGGUUCUCUACCUCGAAAGAAGAGGAUUUGUCUACAAAAUCCAAUAUUCUAGUCCUGAUGCCGUCUAUGUUGGUCAAACUGUGGAAUCUGUCUCGACCCGUCCACAUGAGCAUAGGUUAGCGGAGAAGAGACGAGAUCAUCUAUCCCAGGUGGCUAUGCACACACUGGACACCGGACACCAAUUUGCAUGGGAGGAGACUCGCAUUGUUGGGGCCUACCCAAUAAGGAAGGGCCGCGAAUUCCUAGAGGCAAUGCACUCAGGGGAGACAUGCAUCAACCGGCAUUAUCGAUCUAGAUGCUACAUACAAAAUCUCUAGGGACGGAUUCAAACUGUCUCAACCAAUCGCGAGAUGAUGUCUUUAACCAGUCAUAGAAUCCUUUGUCAGACUCGGUCUAGAAGUUCAUUGCUUUUGCACGUCCGUUUUCUGAAGGUGAGCUGGGGAACCAGUCUCGAAAAUUUCCACAAUAAAGCUCUCUGUUUCCAAAACAAUUGAAUCUUCCUUAAUUUAUAUAUAUGCAGAAUGUUACUGCCGACAAAGAGAAUGGAGACUGGAAUAGCCAUUUCUGGCUCAGUAGCCGUUGUCAGCCAGUCAUAACCAACCCCAAAGUGUGGAACACUUGGGGCUCGAUCCCGCGACCUUUUGGUUAACAACUCAACGUCUCCAACCCUUGAGCCUCACGUGCUCCACAUUUCGGGAUUGGGUAUGAUUGGCUGACGAACUGUGAUUCCAGAAGUGGACAGUCCAAUUUCCCUUGCCUUCAUCGGCAAUGCCAUUCUGCGUAUAUUUUGCUCCGCUGCUCGUCUGCUGAUUGGGCUGGAGAGAGAUCCCCAAGGCAAGGACGAGUGAGUUUCGUAAGGACGAUCGGUGAGCUUCUCUCUUCCCUAUAUAUGCAUAUAGGUAGUGAAAGGUAGGCAGUCAUCUCGCGAAAUAUUUGUUAAAAACGAGUAUGUUCUUUGGGAACAGAAAUUUUAUUUCAUUACUUUUGGCGCGGGUCCCUAAGGGCUUUUUCAGUCGCAGACGACAAAUAGACGUGCGAAAAAGCAUUUAACAAUUUAUGUCCGCUUAACAAAAUCAAUACUUGCUUGGCGUUUGUGUCAGUAAGCGGUCGAAGUCUGUCUCUCUGUUCCGAUUGGCUCUGAUCUCCCCCGUUUCUCCCUACGGUUCCUGUACGCGCAUCCAACUCGAUAUGCCGGUUGAUGUAUAGUUCAACCGAGUGCAUGGUAUCGAGGAGCUCUCUGUCUUUCUUGAAAGGGCAGACAGUGACAGUGCGAGUUUUCCCCCAAGCAAAUGUGUGACGGAUGUCCAGGGCAUUGACCGCCAAUUAGGACAUGCUUUCCUGCCACUUUUCCUCAAAAAAUAUGUUUGGGAAGGGUUGUAGAAGCGAAAUUUCUAGUCUGACAGCAACAAAUUCUUUGAAGACAUCGAAUGUGAUCAUGCAGGUGAAUUCUCUCUUGCUCAAAGAACUUAGCCCAUGCUUAGUGUGUAAAGCUCGGCCCUUAAAUUAGUCGGUAUUUUGUGUGCCACUUAAAUGAUGAGGUACGCUAGGUGUCUUUCAUCGAGUUCAGACUCACUUUAGAUAUGGGGAUGGUUUAGCAAAUUAUCUGGUUCAGUUGAAUUAGAAUUUCUCGGUUCCUUUCAUAUAAAUCCUCUCGCCUCGUUCAUCGGCGUACAAAAUCUUCAUUUUUAAUAUACUCGAUCGCAACCGACAAGACAAUGGGCCUAUCUCUUUAUGGUUAGGGCGUUGGACUUCCAACCAGUAGGCUGAGAGUUCGAUCCUGCGACGUUCCAUACCUCGGGUUUGGGUAUGGCUGGGCGUUGACUACUAACAAGUCUAAAAUGGGCAUCCCAGUCUCCUUUGUCUUUGUCGGCUGAUGCGUUAGACUUACUACCUCUUGUCGACCAAAUUCUGCAUAUUCGAAUCUCAGGAGUUACAAAUCCUAGGGUUGUGUAAGGCUGGCCUUCAACAGUUAAUAAGCCAGCAACGAGCAUCCAAGUAUUCCUUGUCUACACACCCUUGUCUUCAAACAGUAGAAAUCGCUGUCUGACUGUCUGUGGGGGUUCGAUAAUGAAACCUAAGGCACAACGGAGUGAGUAUAUCCUGUAGCCCAGUCGGUGGUUCAGCAAUACAUUAGCAUUUAUAUGGCCACACUGCCGUGCAUUCAUAAUCGAAGAACGGAGUAUAAAGUCAAGGAAAUAUGGCAAAAAUGGCCGCAGUGUAAACCAAACGCGAGUUCUUGCGUUUGUGCUUUACAAAUAUCAAUAUGGUUUUAGCAACAUGAAUUAAAAGGCCAAAACGUCAAUUUGUUCUUGGCUUCACCAAGAAAUGCUACAAAGAACACAUACGUCCAUUAACAGUGCAGUAUUAUAGCAAUCUCUAUUAAGGCAAUUUAUAAAAGAAAGUUAUCUAUGUGAUCUAAAGCAUUUUUCUAUUGACUUAUGCUGUGGACUUUCAUUUUACUGCACGAUAAGUUUUCAUGUUUUAUGAGUCUUCGAACGCGACCAAAACGCCCAAACAAUAACUGCCUUGGUAAAUGCCUUCAAGACGUUUCUUGUUUCAAAGGUCUUGAUAAACACAUAAUACGGAAUCUGUACUAGUGGGCAAUCGAUUGAAAAGACUGAAGGUCAUGACUAUCCAACGGCUAUUUAAGGUCGACCUGAAACUCGACGUUAUUUAGAUCAAGGAAAAAGUGUACAUUAAGUUCAUAGAAGAAACGUUCUGGUUAUAGAUACAAAAUGGCAUAAUGAAAAAGAGAAGACUGGUCGGAAAUCGAAGAGCUUUCUCUUUUUCAUUAUAUCACCUCGGAAUGCACACCACAUCAGUUAUUCAAUAAAAUGGUACAUUUUAGAUUACAUCUGGCUGUAUGCGUCCUUAUGCAAAACUUUAUUUCUAUGACGUUCCUGUCGGCGAAGUCAAUCAAACUCCUGUUACCCCUGUUAAAACGCAUCCCAACCAAUACGAACUCUCGGCAAACCGUUUUGGAAUUUAUGCUCAGAAUGUAGGCUGUUGGCAAACCGCCACGCCCGAAAUUACAAAAAUUCUUAAAGGAAACCGUAACGCAAACAGCAUUGAAAGAUUAUUCUUGAACAUUAUCCUAUUUUGCUGCAGUAUGUGCUAAGUGUUUUGUAUGGACAGACUUUCCGUACAUGUAAGGCUAAAGUUAACAUGUUUAGAGCAAUUUCCAACUUUUUCGGAAUUUUACGCCUUUCUUAAGAAAUUCGUACUUUUAAACAAUGUAACCCUACCUUCAAUAUAACUUUUAUGUCCCCAAUUGUCUUAAAGGCGUUCCUUGUUAAUAUAGGUGUUUCGUCCACACAUUGGUUUCAGUCUACGAGUGAAUACCAGUCAUUCGUAAACUUCAACACUGCAUCAGUAAGGUCAUGCACGGUAUGUCUGUUAGAUUUUUGAUCCAAAUCCUCAUUGACGGUUGUUCUGAGGUCUAGCAAACAGUCGUUGGAAGCGCUUGGAGUCGCCAGACUUCUCAAUGUUCCUGUUCUUUUCUUCAGAAUCCCCGGGAUAAUGCGUCACUACCUCUGAUCUUCUAUGACAAGAGACUCCUCUACCACGACGUGUUCACCGAAGGCUGCCAAUACAAAUGUCAGUACACUUCGGACAUCCGCGACAUACAAAGAGCGCAUUUAGCAGUUUUUACUCAGAACCCACCAAGACUCGCAUAUCGCUACUCUAGAAGACAGAUUUGGGCCCUGGAGACUGGUGAACCCGUACAUCUCAUACCCCUGAUUACGGACCAAGCAAAGGACAAGGUCAGAAAGACCAGACUGCUAUAGUUGAUUCGCGUUGCUGCAGGAAGAGGCAAAAUGUCAAAUUAAAUUAAGUUAGGUCCACAUAGUGACGAUUUUUUACGACAAAAACGCAUUAUUUCAUAUGAAUCACAGCCGAAAUAUCUGAUGGCACAAUCAGAUAUUAUUAAAGAUUUUCCACGCCCCGUUUAAACAAAUCGAUUAAUGGUGGUUUGGGACGGUAAAAAUGCUAAUUAAGCGAAUUACAUCGUCUAUUCGAGUAGGAAUGUGCGCAUACUGAUCUAAUGGUUUCUCAAAGUAAAGAAGCUACGUAUGGGUAAUGAAGUUGAAUAAUAGACAAUCAACUAUCAGGCCGUAGUCGACCAAGUUAUAAUAACAGAGAAGAGGGUAGACAGGGAAUUCGGGUAGACUGAUACAGUACUUUUCCGAACAUGCGCUCGUAAAAUGCACAGAUGGUCCAAAGGCGUGUUACAGUGGAUGAGUCAUUAGCACUUCAUCGGACGGAUGUCCAUCAGUGUCUCGUGAUCCGCCACUGCAGACGGCUGCAGAUCGGACAUUUAUUCAGUCAGGAAUGUGGGCACACCCAUGUAUCGUCUUUUCUGAAGCGAACAAGCUCCAUACGGGCGACAGAGGUCACAAAUUUGCGACCACCUAUCAGCCCGAAGUGGCGUCUGUACAUGGCGCACCAUUCUUAGUGCAGAAGCUGUCAAUGUUGACUUAGGCGACUUUUGUCUAUGUCGAAGAUGAUAAGGACGAUAUGGGUCACAAUGAAACGGGGUCACAUGCAGCCCCUCAGUCGGCAGGGGCUGCCUUCGCAUGAAGAAACUGGCAUCAGACAAUUAGAGCUGUGCAAAGGGAUUUCCAUUCUGUAAAGAUGGGUAGGCAGAAUCAUUACUCGAAAGUUCAGACCCCAUAUAAACGUUUUUCGGUAAAUGCCUAUUAGUCUUUUGAUAAAACGUGUGCCUCCGAACACUCCUUAAAAGUACCAGGCUCUGUUCUGUGAUCUAAAUAAUUUAGGAGCUGUUGGGUGCUCAGUUAAACCGAAGCUGUCCAAGCGAUGUACGAGUUUUCUGUGUCAGAAUACACGAAAUGCCGGAUGGGCCCAAAUGUUCGACGUCCGAAUAUCUCACCAAUUUUCUGCUCCCAAAGAGACUACGCAACCCCCGAUGAAUGAUGCUGAUGAUACACUGCAGAUGAUAUAUAAUAUGUGAUAAGAAAUAGGUUUCGACGUCGUCCCAGGACAUUUUCAUUCUCUAGUUGUGAGCUUCUCUAUCGCACAAGUUGAUGUGCGGUCAAAGAGAGAGAUAUUUGAUUCUAUUGACGUUUAGGAAUCUCAAUCAAACCCAUGAUCUACGACAGCCACUGAUGAGACCUUUGUCUGUCCCUGAUGAUGGAGGUGAACAAGAAUUAUGGAUGUCAGACUCACAAAAAUAUCGUUCCAGCGAUCACAUCUUCAAUUCAAAUGCCACUUAAAAUUCGUUCUUGUGUCUGAGUCAGUCUGAGGUAUCAAGGCGAUAUUUGCCGAUACAAGCGUAGAUGCAAGUUGCAGGAACUAGCAGAAGCGAUCGCUAAAACAAGAGCUAUAUUCGCCUGAAGUUUCUGAUCCUCGCUCGAACCCAUCAGCAGAGACAGAGCCACCGGAGACUUGAAAUAUUUAACUGCGUUGUAAGCCCGUUUGCUCCUAUGCAGCGUACUUUCUGUUAGUUCUUUACGGUACCGUGUUUCAUGAUCCUGGCUUAUUUCGAUCAACCAACAUUGUGCAAACGUCUCUUCGAAUUAAGGUAUGCGUUCUAGUUUCCGCAGUUAAAUUCCCCUUUUGUUAUUCCUUAAUCUCAUAACCAUAUCAUCCGGCUCCGAUCUACUAGGCAAUCCUUUCCUGUCCGUGCUCAAAAUCGGUUUCGAUUCAUCUUAACUUAUUGUAAAGCCGAAACAUGACAGCCGGCCCUUGCAGCCAUGAACAGUUCGCAUACAGGAACUCCAACACCGUCUGAGUUUUUGGCUAUACAACAACCAAGAGUACAUGGAAUUAACAUCGUUCGACGUAGGAUAGUCGCUGUCACCACUACACUGUCGGAAAUCAACUGGAUGUUUUUAGAAUGUAAACAUCAUCUGAAAAAGAGUAUUCAGCCAAGAAGGGCUUACAAAAAUUCGGCUAUGUCAAGGAAAUGGGAAAAUGUUUACUUCCUUCCACAGAGUGAAUCUUCUCGGAUUUGUGCAGCACACAGUUUUCGCCUGCAUUUUGUAUUUCGCAAUUCGGAAAAGACGGCAGACAAACAAUUUAAUCGCCCAGACUGAGCAUUCAAAGUAUGAAUGCCGUUUAGUGUCGCCAAACGGGACUCCAAACAGCCAGAUGGCAUAAACGAAGUCAGGAGCCAUGUUUUGCAAAUGUGAAGCCCAAAGAAAAUACUCCGAAAGAUAUAGUUGUGGCAUUCAAGUGGACUUAGAACUCACUGAAGUGGCCUGAUUGCCGAACAACGGAGAUGAAUCCCCCGCUGGGAAAGACCAGUAUAUACAUGAAUGGCCGAAGUGACACGUGCUGCCAUCCUAGGUUCCACGUACUGGGAUUUGGAUAAGAGGGAUUGACGACGAUGAAUAAGCACAAAAAGUGUCCACUACACUUUGUCCGUGUAGAUAGUAGGGAAACAUUUUCGGUGAAUUUCGGCCAGCUUACAGGCGUCGCUCAGCCCUCUACGAUCCAGAAGAAUCUAAAAUUGAGUACGGGUUCGAAUGACCGUUCUAGAUGCACCAUUUUCUGAGACAUUUAGCGCGCAAUGUAAUCGUUUCCUAAACAUGUCAAAAAAUUCACGGGAAAUAAUGGUGGCGAAAGGUAAUACAUGUUUUUUUAUAAUUCCCGAUGAGUUGCAAAACUGCAUGAAUGUCUAUAAAUACUGAUUGGUUCCACGCAAUCUCGGCACGGGCACUACUUUGACGCCGUAUCCCUGUUGCGGAUUUUAUACAUCAGCCAUUAUCUGCGCUACUGACUGUCUUUAGGAGGAUAUUGAAUAUUUUAUGUUGAUCCGCUGAGGCCAUUGGAGCUCAUCCAAGCAUUCAUAUCAAAUUUUGGUUUAACGCUUAGCCAUUUUGACAAGGAAUUUUCCACAUACUCUCGCAAUAAUGUCUGUUGAAAUUAAUUCUGCUGAAUUAGAAGGGGUUCGGUUAACUUCAAUAAGCGCAUUACGGAACCAGGCCUGGUUUCUGGAAGACUUUUUAUUCCACUAUACAUCUUGUCUGAUAAAAAUUUCCUUUUUUUGCAGUUUACUAUGUACAUUACGCAUCACACCUUCGCUACUGUACCAUUCUACUACGGUGUAUAUUGGGCCUUCAAAAAACCCGACUGCUCAAUGCCCAAGGCAGAAAGACUAAAACUGUGGUCUCAAAACUCCCUACGAUUCCUGCCGAAACAGCACGCUGGCCGCAGCAAGAUGGUGGCUUGGGUCGUGUCCAAUGACAAGGCGCCGAACAUGAGAAACAAGCUGGCUAACGCCAUCGCUGAACACGUGCCUGCAAGUCGAAUUAAGUUAAUUGCUGUUGCCCGCAAACCUUCUGCUGCACUGGUUUUCCUUCUUGCAGAGUUCACUAGGCAUAUGAGAUUUACGAUUGGUCCUGCUAAUCUCUUAGAAUGGAACUCUGGCAUGCUGUCUGGGGGCUAG